AUGAAUUCACAAGUCAAUGUGAUAGAUAUUUUGGAGGGAGUGAGUGAGAAGGAAUUGAAUGCAGUUUUCAAGAUUCAUGAAGUAAUAGUGCCAACAGGAAGUUAUGCAAGAAAAAAUCUUCAAGGUUUCAGUGGCAAGAUAGAAGACAAUAGACCUGUUCUUGUACCUGUUAGAAAAAGAAGCUGUUUAGAGCCAUGGGUUAUUGGCUUAAUCACUUUUAUAUCCCUGAUUGUUCUGGCAGUGUGCAUUGGACUUAUUGUUCACUAUGCGAGAUAUAAUACUCGGAAGACCUACAAUUAUUAUAGCACCUUGUCAUUCACCAGUGACAAAUACUACUAUGAGUUUGAUAAAGAAGCUACCACAAAUUUCACGGAAAUGAGUCAGAGGAUAGAAACAAUGGUUAAAAAUGCGUUUUAUCAAUCCAGCCUAAGGAGACAAUUCAUCAAGUCCCAGGUUAUUAAGUUCAGUCCUCAGGAUCCUGGAGUGGUGGCCCAUAUGCUGAUGGUUUUUAGAUUCCCUUCUACACAGAGUUCUGAAUCCAUUAAAAAAACAAUUCAACGUGUGCUGCAUGAGAAACUCCAACAUGCAACUGGGCCCCCCAAAGUAGACCCUUCGUCAGUUGUGCUCACAAAUAUCAACAAGACAGAAACGGACAACUAUUUGAACAACUGCUGUGGGACACGGACGACUGCAAGCUUUGGCACAAGUGACAGGAUAGUUGGGGGACAAGAAGUAGUGCAAGAAGGUGAAUGGCCCUGGCAGGCCAGUUUGCAGUGGAAUGGGGCUCAUCGUUGUGGGGCAACCUUGAUCAAUGACACGUGGCUUGUCAGUGCUGCUCAUUGCUUCAGAAAUUACAAGGACCCAUCCCAAUGGACUGCUUCUUUCGGUGUGACAGUAAACCCCGCCAAAGAGAAGCGAGGCUUCAAGAGAAUUAUUGUUCACGAAAACUACAAAUAUCCAUCUCAUGACUACGACAUUGCUGUCAUAGAGCUUUCCAGGCCUGUAGGUAACACGAACGCUGUGCAUCGAGUGUGCCUCCCAGAUGCAACCCGUCAGAUCAGUCCAGGUUCUACUGCAUAUGUCACAGGAUUUGGAGCACUGAGAAAUGAUGGUACUAGUGUAAACCGUCUCCAGCAAGUACAAGUGAGUAUCAUCGACACUAAAACAUGCAAUGAGCCACAAGUCUACAAUAAUGCUAUUACCCCUGGAAUGAUAUGUGCUGGCUAUUUGGAAGGAGGAAAAGAUGCUUGCCAGGGUGACUCUGGUGGACCUAUGGUCAGUUCAAAUUCUAGAGGCAUCUGGUAUCUUUAUGGCAUAGUGAGCUGGGGUGAUGAAUGUGCAGAACCAAAUAAGCCAGGUGUCUAUACUCGAGUGACUGCUUUUCGUAAUUGGAUUGAAGCCAAAACUGGCAUCUGA